AUGGCCAAGGAGUACAACCGCUCUGGAGCUGCAGUGAAUCUUCACCGCUGCUUCCUGCCAGCUGUGCCCGCGGAGCAGUGGAUGCACCACCCUUCGACGGGGCAGCUGACCAAUGCGGAGGAGAGCUUACGUUGCCUCCAUGCCGCCGAGAAGACGACGCCAGGCACGCUCCUUGUGAUGUGGCCCUGCUCCGAUGAGGAGCCGGCACAGAACUUCACGCUGGAUGAGGUCACCGGCCAGAUACGAACUGCAGGUGGUCUGUGCCUGGAGGUUCGUCCCAGACCGGAUGUGGAGUGGAACGAGGUGGUUACCGCUGUUUGCACUUCCGAGGCCAACCAGAUGUGGUAUUGGGGCGAGCAGCAGCUCGUCACCACCACCACCACUACCGGCUGGACGGCCUCGUGGGGCCGCCCCAGCCCCAGCCAAGCGGGGCUCCUGGAGCGGCAGAGCGGCAGCAACUGCGCCGCGCGGAGCAGCACGAGCUUGGUCACGGCGGACUGCGACGCAACGAGCUUGGACCAGUACUUCGCCUACAACCAGACUAUUCUGCAGCUGUCUGUGGCAGACGGGGAGUGCGUGCAGAGUGGAAGUAUCGUUGGGGCGGUCCUCACAGUGAGGCCCUGCGCGGACACCAGGCUUCAGCGCUUCGCCUACGACCAGACGGCGGGUCUCGUGUGGAAUCCGUGGGGCCUUUGCUUGGAGGCGGUGGACACAGGUUCGGGACUUCGCAUGGCAGCCUGUGAGCCGGACAACUCCAGGCAGCAUUGGCGAAUCAACGGAAUCGCCACCACCACGCAGACGCCGGUCUCGAUGGGAUUCCACGUAAGGCUCAAGUCCGGCAUUUGCCUAGCGGCCAAGGAUGGCAACUCCAGGAGCAGUCUUCAGAUGCGCUCCUGCGACGUCAGCGAUGACCUUCAGACCUGGUUCUACGACGAGAGUCUCGAGCAGUUCAGGAACGGCCUCGGGAAAUGCCUCAUGGCCCCACAUGCGGGCGGCAUCCGUCAGGCAAAGCUCUCCUUCACGCCGGUCCGUGGCGGUGAGGGCAUUGCUUGCCGAGGCACCGACUGGCGCGACAAUGACCGUUCGAAUUACAUCCCGUUUCUGAGAGUGGACGAUCUGGAGACGUGCCAGGGCUACUGCAGCGAGAGGGCCUCCUGCAUGGGCAUCGAGUUCAACCCGAAGAUGCGGCGUUGUGAGGUCUGGACCAAAGCUGUGCAGACCGGAGUGAUCGCCAGCAACUUCCAAUGCUACACAGCCUCGCUGGAGGAUCCCACGUUGGCAAUCUUCGAGGAAGUGGACGGGGGCUCCAACCGCGUGUGUCGCGGAGAAUCCCCAGGUGACAACAAAGCGUCGUACUUCAAGGUGACUACGGCAGAAUCCAAGGAGGCACCGGCUGUGAGGGAUUUGUUCAGGAAAACUGUGCGCAGCGGAAAAAAUAAAGCAAGAAGACAGCUGCUUCAGGCCAAGAUCACAGGGAGAUUUCGUGAGCUUACUCAGAGCAGCGCUUCGGGGGUACUGUAUUCCAGUAUGAUGAUCAAGUUACAGGGGAGCAUAAGGAGGAUAGCACUGCUGAUGAUUGCAAUUUGGAUUCGAGCCUAUUUCUAG